AUGCCCCUUGUCGUUCCUCACUCUGGGCCCCGGGUCAUCCUCGGGUUGAUGACCUUUGGCCCCGAUGAGAAGGAAGGCGCGCGAAUUACCUCGCUCGAUGAAUUCAAAAAGUGCCUGGAUUGCUUGACGGCCAACAAUUUCUACGAAAUCGACACCGCGCGAAUCUACGUUGGAGGCCAACAGGAGGCGUUCACUGCCCAAGCCGGCUGGAAGGAUCGAGGCCUCAAGAUUGCUACGAAAUGGUAUCCGCGCAACGCCGGUGACCACAAGCCCGAAGUGAUCCGCCAGAACUUGGAGAAGUCUUUGAAGGAAUUGCAGACGGACUGUGUCGAUAUCUUCUACCUACAUGCUGCUGACCGCUCCGUUCCGUUCGCUGAGACCUUGGAAGCCGUUAACCAAUUGCAUAAGGAAGGGAAAUUUGUAGAAUUGGGCCUGAGCAACUAUACCGCCUUCGAAGUAGCGGAGAUUGUCACAAUGUGCAAUGAGCGCGGCUGGGUGCGGCCAACUAUCUACCAGGGCAUGUACAAUGCAAUCACACGAUCCAUUGAGACCGAGUUGAUUCCUUGUUGCAGGCGAUACGGAAUAGAUAUCGUCAUUUACAACCCACUUGCUGGAGGCCUAUUUUCGGGCAAGUAUAAGACUGCAGAUAUUCCAGCUGAUGGGCGAUAUAGCGACGUCAACGCACCCACUGGACGCUUGUAUAGAAGCCGUUAUUUCAAGGAUGCCACAUUUGAUGCCCUCAGAAUCAUCGAGCCAGUUGCACAAAAGCACAACUUGACUUUGAUUGAAAUUGCGCUGCGCUGGGUCUGUUACCAUUCUGCUCUGAACAUCAAAGACGGCGGCAACGACGGCAUUAUCGUCGGCGUUAGCAGUCUCAGACAACUGGAAGGAAAUCUGGCAGACAUUAAGAAGGGCCCAUUGCCUGAGGAGGUCGUGGCUACGCUGGAUGAAGCAUGGCUUGUGGCAAAACCCACGACCACAAAUUACUGGCACAAGGAGCUUAAAUACACCUACGAUACGACCAAAGCUCUUUUUGGUCCCAAAUAG